UCUUCCUCCUCACUCUAGCGGAGCCAACCCACAGACUUCCAGUUUAAAUAAACACCCAUUGUCCAUGGAAUGACUCAAUGGAGAAGUAAGAAAAAAAUUGAAAUUUUGUUUUUCUCUCAUUGGAUUUUCUAUAAUUUUUCAAUCUGCAAACGCAGCAGCUGUGGGAGUUGAGCAACUACUGUAAUCUAUGAGUCUAAAGGUUCCUAUGAUGAUGAAGAGAUCAACCGCUAUUAACAGCAAACAAGCUCUGAUGUCUGAUCACAGUUCACGUUCCUCUCAUUUUCCAUCACCUGUGCUAUUUAUGAGCUUCUCUGAUGCUGAAACUUCUAAAAUGGAGCAAACUUCUGAAAUGAGCCCAACCUCUAUUUUAGAAGUAAAAUCCUUCUCUGCAACUAAGCAUCAUUCAUGGGAUCUUAGCAACUCGAAAACCGUUGGCCUCAGAAUUCUCGAUGAUCUCAUUGAUGAUAAAAUUGUUAGGAAACCUGUAAUUGAGUUUGGUGUCAAGAACAGGAGUUCACAGUUAGCUAUGGCGUCAUUACUUUCUCCUUCAAGAUCUUCGCCGGAGCCGCCGCCACCAAUCUUAUGUCUUUCGGCGACUGAGAUGGAGAAAUCUGAGGAUUAUACUCGUGUGAUUUCUCAUGGACCAAAUCCGAGGACAACUCAUAUUUUUGAUACUUGGAUCAUGGAGAACUGUGGGAAUGGCUUCAAUUCUCUGAGGAAGGAGAUCAGGAUCUCCAUGGAUGGAGCAAGUGGGGAUUCUUCUAAUGAUUUCUUGGCUUUUUGUAAUGCUUGCAAGAAGAAUCUUGGGGAAGGAGAUGAUAUUUUCAUGUUCAGACGAGAAACGGUGCUCUGUAGUAACGUGUGUCGAAAUGAACAAAUGCUUUUCGAGGAUCAAAUGGAGAAUUCGUCGCACUGUGGAUCACUGUCUGCUAGCUUGAAGAAACCUCCCUUUAUACUCUCAUUAGGAGGCUUGAAGGAGAGAUAUUUUGCAACAUGAGUUACUUUUAUAGAGCA